AUGUUGAGUUUUCGCCUACAGCCGUGGGCCACUUUCAUCUUUCUCUUGAGCCCACUACUAGUAUCCGGGUUGGAGGAGAUCGUUACCUGUACCGCUUUGAAUGGAAUCGAGAAUGGAUCUUUUGAAGAUGGAUUCACAGACUGGGGAUUUGCUUCGUCUACCACGGGCUCGGUGGUGAGCGGCGAUGCAGCGGAUGGUUCAUACUACCUACAGGCUUCUAACUCUGAGGUCGAUGCGCUUUUAAUCUAUCAACGUCUCUCCAACUUACUGGUAGGCGAUUCAUACACAAUCUCAUUUGAGUAUCAGUUGGUUCCCAACAGCGCAAAUAUUGAGAUGAGCUGCAGACUAUACAUGUACAUGGAUUCAGUUAGCGCGUCUGGACUUCUCGCCCAGACCGCCGUGACAAUUAACGAGCAAACUGUUGGUUGGAGCACUUUAUCCACGUCAUAUACCCCUAGCAGUUCUGGAACUCAUACAUUUGAGAUUUACGGUUACUGUUCCGAUACCGAUAGGGUUUAUACUGGUGCGGCAUUGAAUAUCGACAAUGUGGUGAUCUCAGGGACCACGGCCAGCACGUGUACCACUGUGACCAUAACACCCACACCUACGCCAACUCCGACUCCAACUACAUCUUCGGUUGCUGUUUCCUCUGCUGUGCCGGUCUCUGCAUCUUCAGGUGCCGUGCGAUCUUCGGCUGUACCACUUUACUCGCCUUCCUCUUCCGCAUCAUUGACUGUCUCGACUUCUUCUUCGGCGUUGGCUCAGUCUGGCUAUUCACUUCAGUCCAGCACCCCGGUUGCUGUAUCAUCUUUUGUCGUGCGACCAUCCUCCAUCUUGCGGCCCUCCGUCUUGCCCUCAUCUUCCACAUACCCGUCCUUGGAUCCAUCGCGUUCUUCUUCGGUGAUGCCACAUUACAGAUCUUCGGCAUCUAUCCUUUCGCCAGCUUUGACAUCUUCCACUGCUAUCUUAGAGUCAUCUGCCGCUAAAUCGAUUCCUACUCCUCUCAAGUCUUUCAACCUAUCGUCCAGUCCUUUCCGUUCCUCGAAAGUUUCCAGCACUCCUCUUACUCACUCGAGUCGCACUACCGCUUCGCCUAGUGCGCCAUCGGCUAUCAGUGUUGGAGAAAGCUCGGCCCUCCCAUCUCCCGGCGUCGUCGGCACUGGCACUGGUAUUCCCAGAAUUCCCACAACCACCGGCACCACCGGCGCAGGAUUCAGCUCGGAGCCAAAUCAAUUUAGUACCUCUACUAUCAUGAGCACUCGCACCGCCACUAUUACGGCUUGUCCAUUGAGUGUGACGGACUGUCCUGCUCGUGAUAGAACAACUUAUCUGACCACUGAGACGGUAGUUGUCGAUACCACCAUUUGUCCAGUGACUGCCGCGGAGGCCACUCAGACCACCGGCAGUUCUACCGUUGGGUCUGGCUCUGAUGCUGGUGAUACAGACUACUCAACUUCCACCGUUCUGACUACUCGCACAGCAACCAUUACAGCUUGCCCAUCGAGCGUGACGAAUUGUCCAGCUCGUGAGAGAACCACUUAUCUCACCACCGAGACUGUUGUUCUCUCUACCACUAUCUGCCCAAUUACUGCUGCCAAGGCUACUCAAACCGCUUCUAGUGUCCCUAUUGGGGCUGGUUCAGGUCAUGCAAGCUACACAACUUCCACCGUUAUGAGCACACGUAUAGGUACUAUCACAGCUUGUGCUUCAAGCGCGACAGAUUGUCCUGCCCGUGAGAAAACCACUUAUCUUACUACCGAGACACUAGUUGUCUCCACCACUGUCUGCCCUGUGACAGCAGCCGAAGCAAGCGCUACUUCCGAGAGUACUUCUGGUGCGUCUGGCUUAUCAGGCUCGUCCUCUGGCUCGUCCUCUGGCUCGUCUUCGGGCUCUUCGGAAUCUUCGGGCUCUUCGGGCUCUUCGGACUCGUCUGGCUCUUCGGGCUCGUCUUCUGGCUCUUCGGGCUCUUCGGACUCGUCUGGCUCGUCUGGCUCGUCUUCUGGCCUCCUUGAUAGCUCAAAAACCACUGCGACCCUUACUCUUAUCCAAGUGCCUCAGUCUACGAUUCUUUCCACCGAUUCUGUCAAGAUUGAAGUCUUAGGAAAUCAAUUUCCCACCUCCUUUCCAACAUUGACUGCCACAAAAUUGCAUCAAUCAAUCAUAACCAAGGUCGCCAGUUCUUCAGUCCUUCCUUCUUCUUCUUCUUCUUCUUCUUCUUCUUCUUCUUCUUCUUCUUCUUCUUCUUCUUCAAUCGUCAUUCACCAAGGCAAAUUUGGAUCACCAACCACAACUUCCAGUGGUCCUGUUUAUACUGGUAGCGCCAUGUCGCAAAACAUUAUCUUCUCAGCAGGCUUGGCUUCGGCCUUUUCACUUUUUGUGGCCCUCAUUCUUGUUCUCUAG